GGCAGGAGAUCGAAAAAGACACAAGGGGGCAAGACCUGGGACAGCUGGAACGCUCUUGGGCGAGAAAAGGGGUCGAGGAAACUCAAACUGGGCUCUAAUCCUCACCUGGGAAGUGUCUGCCAUCUCAGGACUUCACCACAGGGCUGAGGAAGGGCUCAAGCAGGUAUGGGGGAAUCUCUUCUCUGGACUCAAAGAAUUGUUGGCUAGAAGGGAGAGGCUGCUGUGAGGAAAUGUCAGAGGAAAAAUGUUGGUAAUCUGGACAAUGUCUUCUAGUGGCUUGCAUAAUAUGUAUAUUAUUGAGGAUCAAGACUACACACAGAAAGAUCCUUUUUAGAGUUGAAACUUGGGACAUUCCCCUCCCUCCUUUUAAAAUGCAAAUUUGGGGCUUUAAUAAGCAGGAGAUGUUCCAGCAGCUGUUGAUGUGGGAAAGCAGCAGAGAGCAUGUACAUGAUGGCAAAUCCAUCCCUACUGCAUGAAAGGGCGUUAUAUCUGUUUUAUAGUGCCAUGUGAUGUUUCUCUGAUACAACUGGGGCACCAUGAGUGCGAAACCUUGUUCCCCAAGGACACAAAGUGGGUAGCAGAUAACCCAUGCUAGGGAGCAUGCUAGAUGAGGCAUCAUUACUGCAAGGUCACUUAGACAGGAGGGCAGAAAAGGGGAAAGGGAGACUUGGUGGCUGUUCAGUGUAUCCAUAUAGGAAACACUCUUUGCAACGGCUAGGCAGCCCAGCUUAAUGUCCAUAGGGCAAAUAUUAGCACUUAGCCCCAGAACAUGAGUUGAUGGGUGUUUGCUCAGUCCAUAAAGGAAAAUGGCUUGUGGCUCAGGAAAUCAUAAGACUAUGAUCAGGACUAACCAUUUGCUCUAGGAGACCUUGUCCUGCACAAAAUUGCAAUGGAAGAAUGCUGAAUGCCCCCACAGAGCAAAAGCAGGGAAAUGUGCUCUCAGUCCAAGCUGGCAAUCUCGUCAGGCCAUGCAAUACAUAGCCCUUGCCUCUGUAACAUUAGCUCUGUCGGCUAAGUGAUAAUUAGCUUUCCAGUUUCUAAUGCGCUCUGCAGAUGUCACGGUGUCUCUCUCUUUGGACUGUCCUGUGGCAGUAAGUAACACAGGAUGGUUAAAAGGCUUCCUAUUGUGAGGUAAGCCAUUUAAAUUUGCCAAACAAUUCCGGUUCUUGAAUUACGGGGCAUAAUGUGACUUGCUCCAGCCUGCAGCCAGAGGCUUGGCCUGAAAACAGGACAAGAAAGAGGGAUGUUAUAUAUGCCAAAGCUUGGAACUAGCAAGGGGGAAGUAAAUUCUCUCACCCAGCCAACAUUGUCUACGCAUUUCUCAAAUAAGGGACGAUGUGACCACAAAGUUCAGUUUCCUACUGUUAAGUUGUGGGCAAACAUAGCAGACGACACAGCAAUUCUUCAAACAGCUCUUCUUUAUUCAGAUGUCAGAACAGAACUAAGCUGAGGAGCUCAGUCAGCCUGCUUAUAUAGAGCUCCAGAACAAUGUAACUGUUGCCAUUUUCUAAAACUAUCCAAUCACUGAACGUCACUUUUCAAUCCUUCAUUUGCAUACAAAACUAUCCAAUCACUGAACGUCACUUUUUGAUCCUUCAUUUGCAUAACUAUCUACAGUAUCCCGCUGCUGGCCCAGGGUGAGAACAUCAGUACAUAACACCUACAAUCAUCGUUUAUGGAUUCCACAUCACGUUUUUAGAUGCAGGCCAUGUUCAAGAUUGAAGAACUGGCCAGUGUGUCUAUGUGAUAGCUGGAUGGCAGGUGUAAUGGUUCUAGGGGUUGCUCGUGCGUAAAUCGGCGCCACACCUGGCUGGGUUGUCUGAGUGAACCCUUUCUGUCUGGACAGCCACUCGCCCCUGGCUGUCUCAAUCGCUGGCAGAAUCCGUCAGUGAGCGUUUCUUGAACUUCUUCCAGCAAAGAAGUUCUUUGACGCCUAGUCUCCGCCUACUCUCCCUGCGUGGAAGCCUUCUGCUCAGGGAGGGUGUGGGCAGCGGAGGACCCGUGCUCUCCUCGCUGGUCCCCAGCGAGGAGUCAUGGAGCCACCUCGCCGAUUCCCCCAUCUGCCCCCCUUCUCCACUGGUGCUACGCUGAUUUCCUUCCCCAGAAGAUGUGCUGCUUCUCUCCCUCCCGGGACGCUCUCCGGAAUCCCUCUGGAGCCCUCCCUCUCCCCCUGGCUCCGAUGGCAGUUCCCUGACAGCAGGUCAAUGCAAAAUUAGUCUGAACGCCUUGCUGGCAUUGUAGGCUGCAAUCCUAUGGUUGCUUACCAGGGAGCUGGCCCUGUAGCAUUCAGUAGGACUUUGUUAUGUGAACAGACAUGUUCAGGAUUGCAAUUGUUGCUUGAUUAAUUAAGCAACUCUUCUAUUUGGGUUGACUCCAAGGCUCAUGAAAGGUAAAGAGUAGGAGGAGAUAAAUGGAGAAGGACAGUGGAAAAGGCAGGAAUGUGUGUGUCUUUUCUUACAUUUAUAUCCUGCCAGCUUCCCAAAGUCCAGGUUGCUUAUAUCAGACUAGUCGCCUCAUACCUGGUGCUGCUUGAUAAUUCUAAGAAACCGAAAAAAUCUAUGCGGUUUUGAAAGGCUAAUUCCACCAUCUUGAUCAAAAUGGCAUCCAAUUAUGUCCAUAUGUAGACAAAAAACCUGCCCCUUGAUCUCAGCCUCCAUCAGGUGAAGUAUGGUUAUAAUACAGUGGUACCACGGGUUAAGAACUUAAUUCGUUCUGGAGGUCCAUUCUUAACCUGAAUCUGUUCUUAACCUGAAGCACCGCUUUAGCUAAUGGGGCCUCCCGCUGCCACCACGCCGCCAGAGCACAAUUUCUGUUCUUAUCCUGAAGCAAAGUUCUUAACCUGAGGUACUAUUUCUGGGUUAGCAGAGUCUGUAACCUGAAACGUCUGUAACCCGAGGUACUACUGUAUUGUAAGAGGUGACCAGGUGCAUAGAAAAUAGACAGAUGGAGAAAUUUAAAAAAAUACAUAGUAGAUGUGUGAGGCAUGUUAACAUUUCAGACCUGCUAAAUGGAUUGAAGGAUAAGAGAGCUAAUGGUGAAAGGAUUUCAGGAAGCAGUAAUAAGGAAGUGAGAACGUGAUUCUGCAACCGGCAAUGAUGGCAAUUGCAUUUCCAUCCUGGAUUCUGACUCAUUGCCUGGUGAAUACACAUGGCACAAACUCAGUAUCCAAGAGGCCAGGUUUGGAGAUAAUCUACAAGCAAUUUUUUCAGCCAUGCUGCAAUGACAGGAAUGCCACCCCCCACCCUCCAGAGCAUAUCCGUUUAUGCCAGUGGCAUGCUUGCAAAAUGAUGCCAGCUGAAUUGGGUGUAUAAUGAAUGAUGCCUUAAACAACACAGUCCUAACCUUGCCAAAAGUAAGUUGUAUUGAAUUCUAUGGGGCUUAUGCCCAGCUAAAUGGGCUUAGGAUUGCCACCCCAUUGCCCAUAAAACCAAGGUUGCUCAUGGUGUUGGAGACCUGAUGGUUGUGUACAUGCGCGGCUUAACCCCUAGCAAUAUUAGGCCCUUUGAAAUCUCAGGGCUAAGUACUUUUGUCCACCUCCAACUCCCAUGAGAUCAUCAUGUCAGAAAUCCAUGCCUGCCUGCUUCCAUCCUUCACGGACCAAGGAUCAGGGUUACAUCUCCCAAUCCUCCCAGGUCAGUAACUUAAAAUAGUUGCUGCUGAUAUAGGGAAGUCUCUCUAGCAGCACGGAGGAGGAACACACAGCCCUACAUGAACUAUGUAGUUCAGAGAAGCUGAACUUUGCUCACUGUAAUGUGCUCCAUUCAAACAGCUUGAGCUCAAGCUUUUUCUUUUUUUAAAAAAAAUAUAUAUCCCCAAGGUCAUUUGUUUACAACCCAAGGGCAUUAACAGCAAGGCUCCUUUUAUUGUCUAAGUGAGAAUAAUUCUGCAUAACGAUAAAGACCAAAUGAAUAUAUCCAUUAAUUGCAGUUUGGUUCUGGAACCGAGAGGUUUCAGAAGAGGACCUUGUAUACCGAGCUUAUUUUAUCAGUUGCAUUGUUACAAAUGUACCCCAACCUGUCCCCAAACUGUUAGAGAGACAAGAUCUGUUUGGAGAGUUAGGUAGGUCUGAUGCAGUCGGGGGGGAAAUAAAAAUACAUAAAAAAUUGUCCAGUAGCACCUUAUAGACCAACUAAGUUUGUUCUGAUAUAAACAAACUUAGUUGGUCUAUAAGGUGCUACUGGACAUUUUUUAAAAAAUAUAUAUAUUUUAUUAAGAUCUGUUUGGGUCACAAAAGAGAUAGCAAAAGGCAGAUUCCUAUGCUCCUCAGGUCAUUGUUUCAUCUAGCUCAGUAUGUCUACACUGAUUGGCCCCGGCUCCCCAGGAUUUCAGACAGGGGACAUUGCCAGCCCUACCUGGAAAUGCCAGGGAUUGAACCUGGGACCUUCUGCAUGCAAAGCAGAUGCUCUAAGACUGAGCCACAGCCCUUCUUCAAUAGAUACCAGAGAAAGGAAGGGGGACAAGUCCCCUGCAGACAACUAGGUCCCCACCUCCAAGAGCAAAGUUCAGUUGUUUCUAGGGCUUUGAAUGCUUCAUAACUGGAUUAAAAUUCAAAGUAUGGAGAGAGCAAGCCGAAUGGAUGGGCUGUUUCUAAAAAUGGGUGAAAUAUAAUAGAAUCAUAAAAUCGUAGAAUUGGAAGGGACCCCCCAAGGGUCAUCAAGUCUAACCCCCUCCAAUGCAGGAAUCACAGCUAAAACAUCCAUGACAGAUGGCAAUCCAAACUCUGUUUUAAAACUUCCACCACGUUCCAAGGCAGCCCAUUCCCCGGUCACAACAGCUUUGAAUGGCAGAAAGGUCUUAAAACGUUUCAUCCUCCAAAUGACUCGCUGCUCAUUUCUGUAACCUAGAAAGCCAGUUUUAGUCUCAUCCACUUGCACAUUUGUUAUUAUCGCACAAAUGUAUUUAGCCUCAUGCCCAGGACAGUGGCAACAUUUCUAGCAUUUUCACAUUCAGAGGAAAGAGCAAAUUUACAAAGACAAACAUCCCAAGUAGGGCCAGUUGUUAGGCAAUACUAUGUAGAAACAACAACACACACGAGAGAUGUGUGUGAAGAGCUUCGUUAACGUGUGACCCCGAAAUUUCAGACCCCCCUCCAAAUGUUAAUGAAACUUGUGUGGAGGCUGAUAAUCUCUUGCUUUCCUUUGCAGUCGAGAAAAUGUUCCCCCUCCUUCAUUCAGAUCACAGCAGAGAGCCGAGGACACGGGUCCAGACCAUUAUGGGGGAGCUCACUGAUGGAGAAGGUAAGCCGUCCUCCACUGCCAUCAUCUUCAGAGGUAGCUGACCUUCACAGGAUUCGUGCAUUAGCUUGUUUUCGCUGGGCUUUUCGUUUACAGUCUCUAGCUCACAAAGGCAAAGGCUGCAGUCCCAAGCAGACUGCCCCUGCCAGUGGGGCUUUAAGGAGAGGCGGAUCCACCACUGCGUUCAUAGCCAGCAGCUCAUGGUGGCUGUAGCAGCGGGAACAGGACAGUAGGGCUGGAUCCCUCCAUCAGCUCCAGGCUGGCUCCGUGAUGUUUCCAGCUUAGGCCCAAUGUCACACAAAGGGCAAUGAGAUUGGCUAAGGCUCCAGCAGACCCCAGGCCGGUUCAUACCUCUCACCCACCCAAAGAAGAAACAGUUUAAGUGCUUUUUUGUCAGUAGGGAUACCACCAAGAGGCUUCCUUCCUGUCAGCAUGUCCAGUUGCCAGGAGGGGGAUUUUAGUGCUUGUGUCCUUCCACUGGCAGUGGGAGGCUAGUUCAGCUGGAGAUGCCUCCAAUCAGUUCAACUCCUCCUCCCCUACAGCCUCGCCUAAGUGGGACUUAGAUGGCUCUUCUCAUCGCUCAGUAAACAACCUUUCUGAGGUGAAGGACAAAAUGGUGCCCCCAUUCCAUAGACUGAAGCUGACCACUUCAAUACUGGCGAUGGGACAGUGCUCUCUAUCACGCCUGAGGGAAGCAAGCUAUUGGGGGCAGGUGAGGGGAGUGGGCAGGGCAGGAUUUGCCCUCCAACACCUCCUUCCCCCUCUCCCCUCCAGCAUGAGCUGCCUCACUUCCCCGCCUCACAUUAGGGCACCUUUAAUUAAUUUACAGCCAGCGUUUUGUAAAUUAAAGCCUUUCAUUUCUGCUGCCACCAUGUGACAUACGCCUGUUUUUCUCAGCUCUGGUGGAGCUCGAUUUAGGAAAGAAGGUGAGCAUCCCUCAGGAUCUGAUGAUGGAGGAGCUCUCUCUGCCAAUCAACAAGGGCUCCAGGCUGUACCAGAAGAGGCAGAGGAGAGUGCAGAACUUUGUGCUGGAGCAUCCUUCGGGCUACAGAAUUGUGAGUUGUGUUUCCGUCCUGAGGGAAGAGGCAGGAAGCUCUGUGAGAACAACCUGUCAGUCCACAGCAACAGGUGCAGCAAGGGAGGCAGCAGUGCUGACCAAAUGGACUCUUGUUUCUCAACCAUGGAUCCCUGACUGCCUAAGAAUGAGAAAGCAAAUCCUUCCCAGUUAGGUUGCUGAGAUGGGUAGGGGGAAUGGCAGGCCUCUUAAAUCCUGUUGCUUAGCAUCAAGUGUAGUGGGUAAGCUAUGUUCCAUCUUCAUCCACGGCCUCCAUGCCAUUCUCCCCUCUAUUUUCCACCUGUUUAUUUUUGUUCAUUGAAAUAUCUGCACACUACUUUUCUGCCCCACUAGCAUUUCCCAAUAUAGUCCAUGGAACAUCAAUUAAAAGCAAGGUCAGGGAGCUGGAUCCAGCCAUCAGCUGUGAGAAGCAUUUUCAUUUGCCCACACAGUUUGAAAUCAAACGGCAUUGGCAGAGGAACAGGGCUUUGCAAGCACCCGUACACAGGAAAAGCACUUCACGUGAUGUCGUGGUGAUAUCAGGUGGGCCUGUGCCUCUGCAAGCACUGCCAGCCAGCUGAUGGUUUGCUCUGGCCCAGGCACAGUUUUGCAGGCACCACUCAUCAGCUGAUUGUCAGUGCUUGCAAGGGGCUUUUAGGAGCUGCCAAUCGGAGACUUCAUCUGCCUCACCCUGAGAUUAUAUUUGACAUUGGGUCUAGCUUGGGGAAAACAGUCUCAUGGGCCAAACUGGAACCCCUGCCAGGCUUAAUGAGGCCCAUGGACCAGAGGUUGUCUACUGCUGAUUAAAAGCAACAGCCAAUAAUAGUGUAAAAACAAGCAAGGACUAAGCAUUGGCAGCCAGACCAUAAAGCCAUAAAAGGAGGGGAGAGAAACCAAACCAAAGAUAAGAGGAAACAAAACAUGUGCCAAAAAUGUCAGUAAGAUGGGGGCAAACUGGGUUGUGGCAACACAACAUGAAGCAAAGUCUCAGUGGAUGUGCGGUGUGGGAGAAGGCAAUCUUCCAAAAAGCCUUAUCCUAAACCGUUUAGGGGGAAAGGCUUUAACAACUAAACACCUAGGAGCUAUUAGAGGGUGCCUUGAGAACAGAUGCCAAGGCAUGUCUGCUCCUACUGAUGACAGACAGAACAAGAUGUCAAGCCGCUUCUGCUCUCAGAUCAUCCUCUGUCCUUUGAGCUUCACAAGGCAUGCAAGAUUUGGCAUGGUGGUCAUGCACUCAGUGCAUGGACAAGAUCAUCUUGCAGGCAGGCAGGCACCUCUGACCCUCUCCUUGGCCAGCAAUACCACUCCUGGUCUAAACAAUUACUGACUUAUCUCUGUUCAGAUGCUUUUCGAUGGGCUAAUAAAAUGAAUUAGUGGGCUGUAUCAGCUGCAUGCUGCUCACAGCAGUUCCAUUGGAAUUAAUGAACCUAAGAUAGAUGUCUAUUGACGUCAGUGGGUUUACUCUGAGUAGGACCAGCAUUGGAUGCAACCCAGUUGUAAGCUUAUUGCACCAGCUGUUGUGCUGUGACAUGAAUCUUCCAGAAAAAGGGUGCCUGACUUAUUUGGGCCAGAGGGCCACAGUCACCCUUGGUCAAUCCUCCAAGGAUCACAUGUCCUGGCGUGUCGUUCUCUCACAGGCACAUACGCACGCACACAGCACAUACAUAUAAUAGAGGCAGGCAGGUACACAGUUCCCUCCUCACUUUCUCAGUUGUGGAUCAACUGAGGAGAGGGGCUUUAUCGCUCCCUGCCUGCUCACCAAAUGAUGGAUCUGAUGUCCAGGGAAGGGACAAUUUACACCCCUGCUGUGCCCACAACAGCAUUGUGUAUUUCUCUCUCUCCCUUUCACCCCCCUCAUUUUGCUGCUGCUGCCACUGCCCAAACUGAGUGUUUAAGAGAUCAGGCCCCUGAACGGGGGCUUAUCUACCCCUGCUCGAGGAGUCGGUGCCAUGCUUUGCAGUCUCUUUUGCUCAGCAAAAGUCAGUAUCAGAGACUUAGAGCUGAAUGCAUUCACAUUGGAAAAAGCCCCCAUUUUCUAAUUAUACAGGCACCGUCAGUUGGGUGGUGAGCCUGUGAUCUUCUUCAUUUAUAUAGCUGCUACAUUAAGGCCAAAUAAAUACCUUUGACAGUAAAUGUCUUUGACGGCUUUUCUUUAACUCAUUCCUAAAGCAAUUUAACUGUUAACACCUCUGUCUGUAAGUAGCUGGAGCAAAUCUAGUCAUCCCAGCAUUUAACCGGAGUCUACACAUAUAUUCUCUAGUAGUCUUUUUAAGUUAAAUCACCUGGCUCGUGAUUAUUAAUUACUCUUUCAUAUAGUAUGCAUUUGACAAACCACUUCUCUCCUCCACCCCCACCCCCCAUCUUCUAAAAAUAGGUUCACAACUGAGGCCACCAUAUUUGCUAUGGGAAUGGGCAUACAAUGCAAGGGCAAAAUUAUGAACCACUGCAGAAUAAGCUGCAGGACUGCCAAUUCUAACAGGAGGCCAUAUUUAGCUUUAAUCUACUAGUGUCUGCAUUCUCUCAGCCUUAGGGCUUCUCCAUGGCCCUUGCCCAUGUCAUGUACUAAUAUUCUUUUCCUUGCUCUCUUUGCAAGAUCUCAAAUGCUUCUGGAGGAGGAGGAGGAAGCUCACACGCUGAUUACGAUGGAGUUGGCAUGUCAGAAGGACAGGUAGUCUGCAUGACUGCUGCAUGGGGUAGAUCUCACUAGCUUAGGCUAGAGUUUAGGGUCCAUCAUGAGACCUGGAGAAGCCAAAAAGUGACACACUGAGGCAGAUUCACCCUGAAGCUAUGUCAUUUGGACUUCUUUCCCAUAGUCACCCAUUUCCUCGACAGGGAGCAGACUCGCUGACUAUUCCAAGUUAAUAUUUCAGUGGAGGCAGUGUAACUGUCUUCAUGCAUGCACCCAAAUAUGUACCUGAUCUGCAUGUCCUGUCAUUUAUGUAGCAUGUGAUGGAAGCUUAGCUCUCAGUGCUUGCUGAUCAGGUUUCAACACCUUGCGCAGCUUGAAAAGUGAAAUUCGUUGGUACCUUUCUUCUGAGAGAGGGAACCUACACUACAGACCAACUGGUAUAAUUAUCAUUGCCUCUUCCCAAGGAAUUCUGAGAAUUGUAGUUCUGUGAGGGGUAGGAUAGGGCUUUCUAACAAGAAGCCUCAGCCCACCAAGAGUCUUUGAGGGAAGCUCUGUACUCUGAAACCAAUAUAAGGCUUUAGUGUGGAUAUGCUAGUUUCUAACAAUCCCAUUGUAGAAUACAUGGCACUUGAGUAGCAGGAGGUGGAAGCACUGGAAAGCAUUCAGGCAGUUUUGGACUGUGGUCCAUUCACAGAAGCAGCUGGGAGAUAUGUUCUGUUUGCUUCAAGCAAAAUUAUUUUCCUCAAUGGUGAAUUAAAAAAGCUCAUCCAACCAGGGGCCUGGCUGGCCUUCUUCCAUUCCCCUUUUAUCAUUCUGCUUCUGUCUGAAUUCCCAUGCCUACCUCAGUCUUGAAAGCAUGCUGAGGAGACCUUUCUGAUGACAGAAAACAUCUUGCAGCCUAUGCAUGUUUCCCUUUGUCUGCUAGUCUAUCCAUAAUGCCGACGGGAAGGAGAACUACCAGACUGGACUUCAUGAAGCAGCCUCAGGAAAGGCGACACCUCCCAAAGUGCCAAAGAAAACAAACAAAGUCUUGCGGAUGAGCAAAGCCCUGAAUCCCAAUGCCAUCGCUCCAGGUAUGAUCCAGGCACAGCACCACUGGGACCAGAACUCUUAUUCAGCACAAAAGCAAGAGUGCAAGUGGGCAGUUUAAUGACAACAACAACAACAACAAUUUACUAUUUAUACCCCGCCCAUCUGGCUGGGCUUCCCCAGCCACUCUGGGCGGCUUCCAACAAAAUAUUAAAAUACAAUAGUGCAUCAAACAUUAAAAGCUUCCCUAAACAGGGCUGCCUUCAGAUGUCUUCUAAAAGUCUGGUAGAGCACCUGCUUUGAGAUCCCAGGUUCAAUCCCAUAAUUUGGAAACUGGCUGGAAAAAAAUCUUUGUAUGAAACCCUGGAGAGACUGUGGGGCCAAUACUGAGCUAGGUGGACCAUGGCAGCUUCCUAAAUUUCAUUAAUGUCAAUAAAUGUCCAAAUAACGGUAACAGCAGUCGUUGGAAGGAUCCUAGUUGCUGUCAGGUUAAGCCCCACUCCAGUGCUAUCUCAAACAUUCCCUGGAGCCCGUGACACUGCUAUAGUUUUGUUUUGUUUUUAAUCUCCCUUAGCAUCAGCAGAUGCCAUUUGUACCUGACCACAGGUGGAGUCAAGAUUUAGUUCACAACUUCCAGGUUAGUUGUAGUUUCGGGAACUUCACUUCACCAGCAACGUUCCUUGAGACGUCUGAGGAGACAUCUCAAUACCCAUUCCCUCUAAGCAGACUGAUGCAGAGGACAGCUGAAUCAGAGACAAGCUGGUGUCCUUCAUUAAAUACAGAAAGGCAGGGGAAGGAAGAGGGAGCUUCUAAGGAUGGCAACUGGCCUUUGAUGCAGCGACCCUGCUUGUCAAAAUGAUUGGGGAGGGAGCCAGUGCUGCUUUCUUGUGUGUGUGUGAACUGCACAUCUACAAAAAGCAGGACAGGACAUGCCAAGGCAAGGAGAAGAAGCUGCCUUCUACUGAGUCACUACUAGCUCAGUACACCGAGUGGCAGCAGCUCUCCCUGGUUUCAGGCAGAGUUUUCUCCUAGCUCUACUUGGAGAUGCUGCGAUUGAUCAUGGGACAUUCUAGAUGCCACGCAGAUCCUCUACUAAGGACAGGAGGGCCAUAUUGUUGAAUGCCUCCGAAAUCUGGAAACAGCCUGCUCUUUCACAUCAUCUGUUCUAGUUUCUGCUAGGAACAAGACCUCUGAAAUCAGAUACUUCAGGUUUCUCUGCCAUCGUACUUAAGAUGUUUUCAUUGAAUAUGUCAUUCUGAACCACAGGCUAUUCUGGACCUCUAACUGGUGUACCACCAGAGAAGUUCAACAGGACAGCCAUCCCCAAAGGCUACCAGUCCCCUUGGCGGGAGUUCCUUAGCAGCGAGGACUACCAGAUAGACCAUGAGACCCGUUUGCCUGAACCUCCCAGAAAAGUGAAUAGUUUUGACAUCAGGAGCUUCAAUAGGUAAGGCCUCAUUCAAUUUCCGUGUGGAAUUUUGAGCUGGGACGUUCAGCAUAUACUUUAAUCAGCAUUCACAGCUGAUUAUGCAAUGGGGCUUCCCCUGCCCCACAACAAACAACCCCUGAAAUUAGUGUGUGUGUCAGAAGAACCUGUAGAACUGUACGCAGGGGGAAUAGAGGGGUGAUUGUUCUGUUUGUCAAGCCAAAAUGCUUGCCCUGGUAGAACAAUUCCCUUAGCACAAGAUUGAAUUCCUCCCAUUUAUUUGGGAAUAAGCACCGUUUUGUUGUGGGGGGAAAUGGGAUAAUAUAUUUUUAAAGUUUAAAAUAAUAAAACGAGCACCUGCAGCCAUGAACAUUCCUGCCUCCCGCUGACUAGAAUUAAAAACAAAAUAAAGAAAGGAUGCUGUGGUGACUGGAGGCAUGCCUGUUCCACCCAAGGGGCUGAUGCAGGAUCUGUUUGUUGCUGCCACUCUCUGGGUGGUCAUUUAGGAGUGCUGCAGGGCCACAGGCUUUGGCCUCAAAUUGCAUCCCUAGCUGCAGCACUGCUGGCGUCUCAAGAUGUUCUUCUGUUAGGCAGACCACCAUUCCAGCAUCAUGGCUCACUAGCAGUAGUUAAUGUAGGACUGUUAAAGUAACAGCAAUUGUGUAGAAGACAUGCUUGCAUGUGCCACUGCUUUGCCAUUCAUUACCUUGUGGAAAAUUCUCACAAGUUAAUACUUUCAGUUCAUCAUGGCUUAUGGUAUGAAAAUGUUGGAAGAUGGCCCCAGAAAAUCUAGCAUAUAAUCAUAAACCAACUUUUCAGAAAAGUGCAGGACACCCCCCCAUCCCCAUCAACUAGGGAUGGGGAGCCUGUGGCCCUCCAGAUGUUGCUGAACUUCACAUCCUGUCAGCCCCAGCCAGCAUGGCCAACGAUCAGGAAUGAUAGGAGUUGUAGUCCAGCAUCCUCUGGAGGGCAAGAUUCCCUCACCUUGCCCCAGGCCAGUGGUGUCCAAACUUUUUCAAAGAGGGCUAGAUUUGAUGAAAUGAAGGGCCAUGAGGGCCGACCAAAGUUGUUGACCUUUUUUUAGAAUUGAAGUUGUUGAGGUUUUUUUAGGAUUUUACCCCAGGAAAUAAACUGCCGCAGUGCCCGAAUUAGGCCCCUGAAAUGGACUUUGGACAUGCCUGCACUGGGCAGUGCUUGGUUUGAGGUAGGGCUUUGCUCUGGAGUCUGGUAUCACUUCUAGGACUUAGCUGGAGGACAUGUGGGUGGCGCUGUUAAUGUAUUUGCAUCCUUCCUCUUGCAAGUGUUUUUCCAGAAGUCCCAUUCUGCAGGGAUACAAAGUAAGUACAGUCAUACCUCGGGUUACAGACACUUCAGGUUAUGGACGCGCCAAAACCUGGAAGUACUGGAACAGUUUACUUCCAGAUUUGGUGCUUGCACAUGCACAGAAACGCUGGGUCGCAACCGCAGGUGCGCAGACGCAGCGCUGCAGGUUGCGAACACUGCGGGUUGCAAACGUGCCUCGCGCACGGAUCAAUUUCGCAACCCCAGCGUCCACUGUAUGAAAAAUGCUUUAGGACUUGGGGCUCACUGAUGAUUGGGCUUAUGAAUUUGUUCCCAACUGCUAGUAACAGAACCUUGAAAUUGUAAGUCUCCUACAUCAUUGUGUCACUGGAACUGGAGGAAAAGGAAUCAAGUGAGGAUUGUGUUUACAUCCCAUGCCACUCCCACAUGCUUUUAACCAAGAGUUCUGUUCUGUUUCCUUUCUGCAUUAAUCUGCAAAUUAAAAAACGACAACACUGAAAAGGUUAUUUUAAUUAGGUAUCUAAAUAUAUAUUUUUUCUCAAAGUCAUAUGUAAAUCUAUAUUUUGAUAUGCUUAAAUUGCCGAGAACUGUGUUCUGACAUUUGGAGAAGUGUGAAAUCUGUUGUGGAGCUCAAUUUCAAUCCAUACAUCAUUAUCUAAAAGGCUAUUUCAUGUAUGAAUUAAUUAAUACUUAAUGCCUCAACCACCCCUAACUCCUGGCACUGAAAGUGUAGCUUCCACGCAUACUUGAACAGUGGCACUUUUCCUUUUUAAACUGCACUAGCUGACUGCUGUCUUUCACUUACGGGGGUAUAUAUUAUAAGAAAAGAGUCAAGAGGGCAAUGCAGUUAGGUCAAGGGGAAAUACUCUGAUUUGAUAGCACAGUAUUAAUCCAUUCACCUUAAUAUGGUUGCCACACUGGCAACAGAAAUUAAAUGAAACCUAUCACAUUCAUGGCAGAAAAUUUUCCACAACUCAUAAGGCAAUAAUUUGCGAGUUAGACUUCCCAGUUUUUACAGUGCAGCCAACCUGAUUCUAUAAAGCAAUCCUAACUCCUAACCAAGGAUUUGUUGGACAGGAAUGGAUUGACGUAGGCUCUCCACCUGCAAGCCAGUCUUUAUUUUUCUUGUGCUAGCUCCAAGCUGGUACAACAGAGUAGUUGACACUGGGCUCCUCCUCAGCUGCAAGCCCAGGUUAUGACCCAGCGAAUCUUUGGCUGACCUACUUCACUCCUUCCCUGACCACAAUCUGUCCCAUUCAGACCCUUUCCCUGGCUACCAGCACCAGAAAUACUGCUGCUGCUACCUUGUCAACAGCUCCCCCGAUGACCUUGCCCCUGGCAUAAACCAGGAAACCUCUGCCACAUCCAAUUCCACCCACAGCUUUGCAAAUGAAAACAGUCACCAACUUUAAUCUUAGAGAUCCACACGAUGCAGUCAAGGUGCCACUCGUAUUUUUGCCUUCAUCAGCUGCUAAUUGGCAACUUUCAAAACUUCAUCAUCUGCAGUGUAUGUUGCUAAAGCAUAAUUCAUAGCCUCUUCACAUCUAAAUAAAAAAAUUCUUGCUGAAACCAAGACCAACUAGUCUUCGUCACUCCCAAUGAGGGCCUGCCCACUGUGGAGGCAAGGUGAGGCAACUGCUUUAGGUGGCAGGAUCCACAGGGGCAGCAGAUUCGGAUGAAGAUAUUUAUUCCUACUCUAGUUCCUGAUGUAGCUCUUCACUUACCCCUUCUACCCUGGCAGGGAGGGAGGCACCAUUCUGUGAUUUGCCUCAGGUGCCAAAAUGUCCUGGGCCAGCCCUGCUCCCAUUACUGUCUUGCAACGUCUUUUUUAAAAACAGAAUCUUCCUGUGUCUCAAUAUCUUUAACAUAUGUUGGACCAGGGAACUGUUCCAAAGACUUACUCUUUUAGUUUUGGUUACUGCUCAUGUUUCUGUUUAUUUCUGGCCCUGUAGCAGAAAUACAUUCAUAUAUGCUAAACAGACAUAGCUGCCUGGUUUCUUCCUCUCUCUGAUGUUUUAAAUGAACCCUUAGUAGCACUGUAUACCAAUUGAAUUCAGUGCUUACCACGCCUUCAUUUGAAUGUUUCAGUGAUUAUGACUUGCCACAAAACAAUUCAAGAAAACAAAUGUUUCAAGGCAAAUAACCUGACCGAAAGGCAAGGAAAUUUUUUUAAAGAAAAUUAUUAUUUAUUGUAUGUUUAAAACAAAACCCACCAUGGCCAUUAGGGAACCAAGAGGACACAGAAUCAGCAUUUGGUAUGCAGGCUUCUCUAUUGACAGGAGCAGUCUGCACUCAUUUUAAUUUCCCACAUUGCCCUGGAGGAAUGCUACAUCAGGAAGUAUUAUGGGAAAUAAAAAUGGCUGCCUAUUGAUAGGUAAAUGAAGUGAAGGCUGCAAUUGGGAUCAGGGUAGUGGGCAGUGCACCAUAGGGUACUAUGUCAAGGCUGUCUUCAAAGGCAGCCCAGGUGCCAAGAUGGAUCUUUGAAAAAAUAUAUAUUCUGGAAAAAAUAUUUUCUUCUGGUUAAGCUUCUCUUUAGCAUUCCAACUUAGAACCUUUUGACUUGAAAAUUACUUUCAUUUCAGUGCCAACAACACUGAUUUAUUUUCUCAGAUACACCCAGAUUUUCAGUUUUUACUGCCCUGUUGCAAGUGAAAAUAAAUAAACUGGCUCUGAGUUUUACACAACGUUUUUGUUUGCAUAAUACACUUGAAUAAAUGCUAGUCUUUAGCAUCUUAAAAUUCUAGAUAAAACACCCCCAGCACAUCUGCCUUCUAGGUGCUCCUUUCAAGAUAUAAUUCCAUGUAGCAUGCUUCUUGCUACACCAAGAACACACAUAGCUACUUUCAAGCACAAUUAGAUUUUCACCAUAGGACCAAAGUUCUGCAGAGUAACAAUACUAUUACUAUUUUGGAAACAGACACUGACCAGCUGUGCAAAGCAGCAGAGAACUGAAGCCAUCUGCAGUCCCCCCUCCCAAAAAAAUACACAUUGUAAAAUAAACACAUGCAUAUAUUUCACAAGUGUGAGGCAACUCAAAUAUUUAUAGGAAUUGUGUGUGCACUAGAAGAACAUCAAGGGAAAACUUGACUGAAACAUGCCAGCAGUGAACUCUGUAGGUGCAAGUAAAAACAUAAAACAUAAUUAAAAAUCAUUUUCUGAGGCCCUUCUUCGUGUGCUUCCUCCAGAAGGUGGCAACACGAGAACAGGCCUUCUCUGCAGUGGCUCCCCAUCUGUGGAAUAUUCUCCCCAGGGAAGUUCGCCUGGCGCCUUCACUAUACACCUUUAGAUGCCAGGCAAAAACGUUCCUUUUUAACCAAGGCCUUUGGUUGAUUUGAUUGAUAUCCUAUGCCCUUUUAAAAUGUGGUUUUUUGUGGGGGUUAUUGGAUUGUUGUCUUUAUUUUGAUUAUUUAUUUUGUAGUUUUAUAUCUUGAUUUUGUUCUGUGAACCGCCCUGAGACCUCCAGGUAUAGGGCAGUAUAUAAAUUCAAUUAACAACAACGACGAUGUAGCUGAAACUGCUUAGAGCAGACUAGUGCAGCAGAUAAUGGGAAACGUUUAUUUUCAACCCACUUUUAAUAAUAAACGAUCGCCAUGACUACUACAGAUUGUCAGGACCCACACUAUUCUUCUGAAUGUAAUUUGCUUUAACUUGUUUUUCAUUUCUGAAUUUUAAAUUGCUGUUAACCCACCCUGGGACCUGCUGGCUAAGGGUGGAGAAUAAAUUUAAUAAUACAUGACCACGGAGGACCAACACAUACCGUAAUCUCUUCCCCACUUAAGACUGAACGUGCGCUACACACUACAGCCUUCUCUUUUUGUACCCGCAGGACCCCAACCCCAUUUGGCGGACCAUUACUGAAUGAUGUGAUCCUUGGGUAUGAGAUGAAUGAAGCCCCAACAGACAUGAGCAGCUUGGAACUCAUGUUAAACAGGCCCAGCUUCAACAGAGCACCUCGGGGCUGGAUACAGGCGAUGCCAGAAUCUGAAGAUCUGUAACUUGCUAUAAUGCUGCUGCCUGACUUUUUCCAACGCCAAUGCACGCUAGCCUCCUAAUCAUGGGGAAAAGAAAGAAAGCACCCUUUUUGAUUUCUGUGGUUUUGCACACGAAGACGUAACAAUCAUCUGUUCCUUAGCAGGUCUUAAAAUUUGGUAAAUACAAUCUCAGACGAACAAUAACACAUGACUUAUUACACUGUGUCAUGAUUUAUUUAACAGAAAUAAAGCCAAAAUGGAAAAGCCAUAUGUGAAAUAAGGAAGUACACCUUGUGAUUCAGUAGCUCGUAGAAGCACCUUUAGCAGCAAUAACACGAAGCAAUUGUUUUCUGUAGGACUUUAUCUCUCUCACAUCACUGUGGAGGAAUUUUGGCCCAUUCUUCUUUACAACAUUGCUUCAGUUCAUUGAGGAUUGCUCUUUCCUCCUUGACAUUGUGUUAAAACACGCCUGAAUGCUCCAGACCAGCAAGCUGCUAAAAAUUCACCUUUUAUAGAGGUGGGCACACAUGCUGAUCAUCAAUUAAGCAAUGACAUUUGAUUAGCAGCCCCUGUCUGCUACUUAGCUUCUUAAUUCUUAUGGAAACAGUAAGGGUGGACUUAGCUUUUCACACAUAAUUUCUCCAUCUUGACUUCAUUUCUAUUAAAUAAAUCAUGGCACGAUAUGUCAUGUGUUGUUGUGCAUCUGAGGUUGCAUUUACCCAAUUUUAAGACCAGUUAAGGGACAAAUGAUUGCUAUUAUGUCCUGAUAUGUAAAACCCCUAAUUCAAAGGGGGUGCACUUUGUUUUUCCCAUGACUGUAUAUACCUGCUAAAAGGGAAUCUCUCUAGCAUAGAAUAGAUACCCUACUCACACUCAAGGCAAAGCUGAAAUAGUAGGUUAUGCUUGUUACUAUUACAUGCGUCCUUCACAAGCUCCCGCCUAGAGCUUUUACUGUACAAUUUAACUGUACAAGCACGGCCAGCAACCCACUUCAUAUUGGGAUUUCUUAUGUUUUUGAAAGGAUCCUACAGUGAAGUGAGGCCUUCUACCAAGCUCAUAACUGCAAAAGCCAAGAUGUCAGGUUGCUGCUUAACUCUCAAAAGGAACCUAGUUUGUUCAGGAAAGUGAACCUAUUUCCUUCUGAGAAGCAUGAAGCUACAUUCAAGUUCAGAUGAGUUAUAUUUCCUUUGGUCUAAAGAGAAAAACAAGUCUGGAUGCCAAGUUUGUGUCAAAUACCACCCCAAAAUUUUCUACGGGGUGCCAUCAAAGUAAGAUGCUGUAACAGUAAAAAUCACAUUAAUAUCUAGGUAAUAGCAAUAAAGAUUUGAAAGCUGUCUUCUAACUUCAUUUUUCGCUUGUCCUAGAAGCUAUUUGCAGAUAGUUGUUUUUUGCAUUCAAGACAAGACCCAACAUCUAACUUGAGAACAGAGAGGGAUGAGUCAUAUCUUUAAGGCCCAAGACAAAUUAGGUUGCGGGGACACAGUAGCAGUUUGCUAUGGAACCUAAAUACAACAUCACCAUGGUGCUAAUGAACUAGUGCUGAGAGAGCCAACUCUGCCAUCUGAUGAGAGGAGCUCUUUCCCAUUAGCUCUUGAGGAAAGCAACACAAAGUUUUGUUCUCGCUAUUCUAUUUAGCCUCAUUAAAUAUGUAGCAGGAUAUGUGAAAUCUAAGAAGCCCAUUAAUAUAAAAUAUUUAAAUUUCAACUUAAGGAUUAGAGAAAUUAGUGGGAAAUGGACUUGAGGGGGGAAAGCAGGGCAGUAAAUUCAUGCUUGCCAUUUCAAUGGAAAUCGCAUGUAAACAGCAUUCUAGGAUUGCAACUUAAGAUCUCCUUACCCACAAACUGGAAAUAAAACAGAGAAAAGGGACUGAAAUUAAAACAGGAAAAAGGAUUGCCACUUAACUGACCUGUUUGUUACUAAUACAGUUCCCAAAAUGGACCGCAAGUGGGCGCUACUGGUCUGAUCACACUGUCCUGGGUUUUCAACUCUGCCUGUAUUGUUACAGGCAUUUUAUAAAGCAGACCUACAUAUUCCAGAUCUUGGAAUAGAUGAGAACAUACCAGCAGUAAUAGGAGAGUUUUCAUUUAAAUACUUACUUUCAUUAAUUUAUAGCUGCUAUUAUUAUUAUUAUUUUGUUUAUUCAGCUUUGUGAAACUCCUGUGUAAUUUUUAUGGCUAUUUUAAAUUAUUGGUAUUUAUGUGGCUAUUAAACUAGGCAGUUUUUCUUAGAUUGCUGUUAGUGAUUGAGGGGCUACAACAUGUAAAAUAAAUGUAAUAUUAAGAACAUUAGCUGUCAGAGGGACUCUUUAAAAGGGAACUUAAAAGCUAAUUCCUACCAAAGGGGGCACUUCAACAGCUAUUCCGAACAUCGAGAGUAGACUUUCCAUUCCAGCUCCCAUAACACAGCAUAUAGGCAAUUUAAUAGGUAGAAAUAUCAGACUAUUAUUUGUUACAAAAUCCUUGUCAGUGAAGGAAUAGUUCUAAAUUUAUGAACUGGAAGUGAUGUUUACAUUUGGAAAUAUGUGGGAAAAUAAAAUGAACUAUAUUUU